CCAGCGGCAUCUCAGGACUUUGAACAUUUAGAUACACAAGCACUGAGCUUCUGUGAGUCUCUUUUUCACAAAAGAACACUUCUUUUUCAGGUUAGGAAACUGAAGAUGCAGUUGGAAGAAGAAAGACAGAAAUACUCUAAAAGUGAUGGGAUGAAUCCAGAUAUCAUAGGCUUAGAGAACGGUUCUGACUUGCAACUAAUUGAAAUGCAGAGAGAUGCCAACAGACAAAUUAGUGAAUACAAAUUUAAGCUUUCAAAAGCUGAACAAGAUAUAACUACCUUGGAACAAAAUAUUGGACGACUUGAGGGGCAGGUUGCAAGGUAUAAAAAUGCAGCAGAAAAUGCAGAAAAAGUAGAAGAUGAACUCAAAGCUGAAAAGAGGAAGCUUCAGCGAGAGUUGAGAACAGCACUGGAUAAGAUAGAAGAGAUGGAGAUGACCAAUAGCCACUUAAUGAAAAGGCUGGAGAAGAUGAAGGCAAAUAGGACUGCGCUUUUAUCUCAACAGUGAAGUGGGAAUUGAAAAUAUGAUGCACUGCUCCUUGAAUAACUAGCCCCUAGCUUGUUUUUAAAUACAGACUUUCAUUGGCACAGACUAUUUGAACACUGAGCUGUUCAUUGGUGUUUUAGUUUCGUAAUUAAAUUGCAUACUUCUUUUUGUAACUUAUGAGAGAAUGAAAUGUAGUUUGAAUUCCCAUGUGAAUGACAGCAAUUUUUCUGUAGCGUAUGAUUCUAGAGUCAGAGCUGGAGCACAAUGCAAUGUUCGACUUAGCGAUAGAAAAUGUUUUUACAACUGUGGAAUCAAGUUUACUCACGAUCUCUUGGCUGCUUUAAUGAUGCUUGACGCUCAGAGACAACUGCAUGAAUUCAAGAAGACACUGUAUUACUGUAUUAUAAAAUAACAUAUAUUUGCUCAAGACAUCACAGCACAAGUGCCUUUUAUCUGGUGCAAUUUAGACUUCAUUGUUGAAAUAACCUUUGAAAUCAGAUAACAUUUUAUUUUAAGAUACAUUUGGAGUAUUCACUAAACUUUAUACAUUUUGAAAGUACAUUUUUGUAAAAUAUUUAAAUUUAUAAGAAAAAAAUAGGGACUGUAUAUAAAAAAUUGCUUUUUUGCAUGGGCACAUCUGAGUUCUAGGUAAUUUUGUCAAAUACUAGCCCUGAUACUCUUAGUAUUAAGAGUGCAGCUUAAAAACUUCUG